ACCGGCAGAGUGUUUAGAGGAAUACGUGGUGUAAAUACGUGUUGAUAGUGGUUAUAGUUGAUCGGCUAAUACUAACUACUUAUUAACUUUUAAAAUAAAAUCGCGACACGUCUACGUUGUACGUGGUUGUACGCUCAUCGGGCCGAGCCGGUAUAUAAUUAUACCAAUUACGGUACGGCCCUAAAUUUUUUAUUUUAGGGAAUCGUAUUCGUCGGUAUAAAAGAUAACUUCAAUAAUUUAGAUAAUCAUUGUCGCGGUGGUUGUGUAGUUGCAAACAUGUCACGGAAAUUAGUUUAUUUCGAAAUUGCUGGGUACAGCGAGCCCAUUAGGUAUAUGUUGCACUAUGGCGGGCUGAAGUUUGAUGACGUCAGAUACAACAGGCAGGAAUGGCCGAUCAAAGAGAUCAAGGAUUCUCUACCAUACGGCCAGCUGCCAAUAUACGAAGAAGAUGGCCGGGUCCUCAACCAGUCCAUAGCCAUUGCGCGGUACGUGGCCAGCCAGACCGGUCUAUUGCCGACAGACCCGUGGGAACAAGCAAAGUUAGAUGCUGCGGUGUUGACCAUCUAUGACCUUAUUAAGAAACUUGCGACAUUCUUUUACGCUAAAGAAGAAGAGCAAGAGAAGGUUAAAAAGCAGGUGCUUGAAGAUGUAGAAUACUACUAUUCUAGAUUUGAGAAAGAACUGCAUGCGGGUGGUGGAUAUUUCGGUGGAAAGUUAUCCUGGGCAGACUUCAUUUUAGUGAGCGUUACUGAGCUACUCAACUCACAACUCAAGCAGACAGUAAACACUGAGUACCCUGCGAUAACAGCUCUUAUAUCUGAGAUACACGCAAACCCAGGAGUCAAGGAGUACAUGGCAAACAAAAAAUCUUCCGCUCCUGUCCUUCAGAGUCAGAACAGUAUUAAUAUGUCGCGGAAAUUGUCGUAUUUUAAUGUCAAUGGCUACACCGAGGCCAUUCGGUACAUGUUACAUUAUGGAAACGUCCAGUUCGAGGAUGUACGCUAUGACCACAGCCAGUGGCCAAUUAAAGAAGUCAAGGACUCUCUACCAUAUGGCCAGCUGCCAAUAUACGAGGAAGAUGGCCGGGUCCUCAACCAGUCCAUAGCCAUUGCGCGGUACGUGGCCAGCCAAACGGGUCUCCUGCCGGCAGACCUGUGGGAACAAGCUAAGCUGGAUGCUGCCGUGUUGAAUGUUUACGAUCUUCUCAAAAAAUUAGUCGCAUAUUACUACGAGUCAGACCCAAAGAAGAGAGAAGAUGCAAAGAAGACUCUAGAAGGAGAAAUAGUUUUCUUCUAUUCUAGAUUUGACAAAGAGCUGAAAGCAAAUGGCGGUCAUUUUGGUGGAAAGUUAUCUUGGGCUGACUUCAUACUAGUGGGCGCAGUCGAGCUCCUGAACUUGUAUAUGAAUGACACACUACAAACAAAUUACCCUGCCAUAGCAGCUCUUGUAUCAGAAAUACAUGGAUACCCUGGUGUGAAAGUGUACGUGUCAAAAAGGGAACCUUACAAACCACCUCAGUUAGAAUAAAGAAGUGUUUAAUAUUA